AUGGUGAUAAUAAUGGCGAUACUCACUGACGAUGCCGACUACGAUGCUGACGAAACGUCUGGGAAUAUACCACGUCCACGGUCCUAUUCUGGAUAUGAUGAUGCAUACAAUGGACUCCGGGCUAGGUGCGUCCCUCUGACUUUUCCUACCAAUAUGAUCAAGUUGCAAAAGCGAGGUCAAACAACUGCUAUACAACGAAAGGAGACUACGACCACACAAAAGGCCACACCAUCUUUGUCUUCAUAUCUUCGAUUUAGCUUUUAUAGUAAUGGUUUAAUUUUAUUAUCGCAACUGGAAUUUAUUGCCAGGUUAACCUAG